AUGAAGACCCUCACAAUUGCAGAAAAAAAAAAAAAACAAUGGCAGGCAAUAAGUAUUGAUGAUAUUUACAACAAUCAUGGACCAUUUGAGUAUCAGGAAUAUCCUCCAAUUGUCCAAUCUGAUUCUCACGUUGUUUUAUUUAAAUUGCCUAUUAAUUCACAAAUGGAAAUAGAGUCUUACUAUCCACUGCACUCUCCCAACAACUGGCAUGUUGAUUGGGUAAAAAUGCCUCAUUCACCUUGGAGCAUGUAUCCGUUUGAAGAGAAAGUAAGUGAAAAAAUGGAGAAUGGUUAUCGACCAAGGUGGGAAGUCAUUAUUGAAGCUUUGCAAAAAAAAAUUACAUCCAGUGCUCAAUUGGAAGCUGCAAUUUUUUCUUACAACUCAAAGUUUUCACAUCAAUGGAACUUUCGUGCACUUCAUUUUUUUUUUUUCAAAACUAUGAAAGAAAAAGAGACGGAAAUUUUCUUUGAAAAUUUACUUCCCAAAAUGAUACAAUUAGCACUGCAAUUACCGACUCUUGUUACUGGCUCAAUUCCAGUAUUGAAAAAACAUAAAAACACCACAUUAAGUAUGAGUCAACUUCAAAUUGCUUCGCUUUUAGCAAAUGCAUUUCUUUGUACAUUCCCAAACUACGAAAUAUAUCCAAACGUUAAUUUUUAUCGACUAUUUGGAGCUUAUAAAGAUGAUAAAUUUCAACGAUCGUUAGCAGUUUCAGAAAAAUUAAGAUGCCUGAUUCAUUAUUUCCGCAGAGUUACUUCAGUUGCACCUCAAGGAACAGUAACAUUUCAACGUCGUUAUAUACCUCUAGAUGAUUGUCCAGAAUGGGGUAAAAUGACUCACCAACUUCCACCACUUCAUAUCACAAGUGUAGGAACGAUUGAGUCUAAUGCCGUUGGUCUUUUGCAGGUAGAUUUUGCCAACAAAGAAGUGGGAGGAGGUGUUUUAGAUUGGGGAUGUGUUCAAGAAGAAAUUCGAUUUGUCAUCUGUCCAGAGUUGAUUGUAUCAAGAUUAUUCACAGAUGUACUUGAAAAUACUGAAGCUCUAGUUAUCACUGGGAUUGAGCAGUACAGCAAUUAUAAGGGUUAUGGUGAUUAUCUAAAAUGGAAUGGAGAUUUUAUUGAUGAAACACCACGAGACAGUAGUGGAAGACGUAAAACUUCAGUAGUUGCAAUGGAUGCAUACCGAUUUACAAAUAGAAACGACCAGUAUACGGAACAAAAAAUCAAACGCGAACUCAACAAGGCAUAUGUUGGCUUCAGUUCCAUAGAAAGUAAUCAAGAUAAUUUACCUGCAAUCGCAACUGGUAACUGGGGAUGUGGAGCUUUUUGUGGUGACACAAAACUCAAAGUUUUUAUACAAUUGAUGGCUGCUACUAUUAACAAGAGAUCAGUUAUUUAUUUUACAUUUGGCGAUGAUGAAUUACGAGAUAGCAUUGCUGAAAUGUACUCACAUUUAAUUCAGCUAGAAAUUCCAAUUGGCGAAUUAUUUAUUCUGCUCUGUCAAUAUCAAUCAGAAUCAGCAAACAACCGUUUGAGUCUUUAUAAUUUUUUGAUAAGAAAAACCCUGAAGAAAAAAAGCAGUGGUAUUGGAUGCACACUGAGAGAAAAAGUUGCUAAAAUAUAG